UCCACGACGGCUAAGGACCAAACUGAGAGGCAGGGAGGACGACCAGUCCUGCUGGAAAAUAGACGUGUAACUGGUUCCUGUCAAUACACUUGGCUUUGGGUUUGCACAUCUAGGGGAUGACUCCUGACCUGUAAUGUUUGUAAGGCAGUUGACCCAUAGCCGGCUGGCUUCACACCUUUGUGCCACCUUCAGACGCGGAGGGACAGUGCUUGUCAUGGCCAGACCCAGUUCAAAUUUGGCAAAAUUUCGGAAGGAGUUUGCCAAGGCUAAGCAUGUAGUCAUCAUCACAGGAGCAGGAGUGAGUGCAGAGAGUGGAGUCCCCACUUUCAGAGGAGCAGGAGGAUUCUGGAGGAAAUACCAGUCCCAGGACCUGGCCACUCCUCAGGCAUUCUCACGGGACCCGUCUCUGGUCUGGGAGUUUUAUCAUUAUAGAAGAGAGUUGAUGCGCAGUAAGAUGCCAAACGCAGCCCACCUGGCCAUUGCGGAGUGUGAGGCUCGGCUGGGCCAGCAGGGCCGCUCCGUCGCUGUGAUUACUCAGAACAUCGAUGAGCUACACUUUCGUGCCGGUUCCAAAAACGUUCUGGAGCUCCACGGAAGUUUGUUUAAGACUCGUUGUAUGACCUGCGGUGAGGUUGCAGUCAAUAAUAAGAGCCCUAUCUGUCCUGCUCUGGAGGGAAAAGGAGCACCUGACCCUAAAGCCAAGAGCGCUGCCAUACCUGUGGAAGACCUGCCGAGGUGUGAGAGGCGUGGCUGUAACGGUCUCCUCAGGCCUCAUGUGGUUUGGUUCGGAGAGACUCUGGACUCCGAUGUUCUGACUGCUGCAGAACGGGAGCUGGACAAGUGUGAUCUCUGCCUGGUGGUGGGCACAUCGUCUGUGGUAUACCCUGCGGCCAUGUUUGCUCCACAGGUGGCAGCGGCAGGAGUGCCUGUCGCAGAGUUUAACAUGGAAUGUACACCUGCUACAGACCGCUUUCAGUUCCAUUUUGAGGGUCCGUGUGGCGUCACUCUGCCCCGGGCCUUGGCACGGCACGAGAGCGAAGCCCCGUAAUCGCCGACCGCCCAUCUGUCCGCUCCCUCCAUCCUGAGAAAAGAGAAAAAGGAAAGAAAGCGUCCGAGCUGCUUGCCCUGCGUCUGCACUUUACCACAGCUCCAGAGCGGCAGCGUUGAGUCAGCUGUACGCCGAGGGGAGGCACUCACACCCCUCUGUCUAAAAUCAACAGGAAAACAACUGCUGUACUUCUCAUAUUAAACUGUGUCAAUGCCUUUCCUCA